CGUUUGGGCAUGCCCAGCGCUUGCAACGCACGCUUAUUAGGUCGUAUUUGUCUACGGAAGCAGCCAAUGCGCCAUUCAGGAACUGUGAAGACUCCGUAUCGGCCAACAUAUUUGCGGAGAAUGUGCGCAAAUGCGGACUGUCCAAGAAGAGGCUUCAUCAUCAACUCUAUCCAAUGGAUCAGGGGCAACGCGCACCCAAGGGGAAAUUCCCCAUUGCAGUGGCGGUUUCGGGUGGUGCAGACAGCAUGGCGCUGAUGUUGCUGCUGAGAGAGUAUUUGCAUGGGAACCGGAUCAAGACGCCGCUACUGGCGGUCACUGUGGAUCAUCAGCUGCGCAUUGGGAGCAGCAGAGAGGCGCUGGAGGUCGCCAAAAUUUGUGCUGAGCGCGGAGGCAUAACACAUGUUACGAAAGUGUGCGAAUGGCAUCUUGGAGACACAGAGAAGCAUUCAGGAGGAGAACAACAGAGUGAUUUAUUGAGGCCAGUAAAGCCACGGGAUAGCAAGAUAGAGGAGCAGGCGCGACAGUAUCGAUACAACUUGCUGCGGCGGGUAUGUCUGGAGUACGGUGUGCGCUGUUUGUUUGUGGCCCAUAAUCUUGGUGAUCAACUAGAGACGACACUCUUCCGUCUUGGAAGGGCGAGUGGCAUUAACGGCCUGGCAGGGAUUGCAAACCAGCUGCCGUUUCUCUCGCUUGAGGGGUUACCAGACCGCUCAUUUCACGGUAAAGGCUUGGACUCAGACUACUCGGCGACACUUUUGCGACCUUUGCUCUCUGUCACCAAGGAUGAGUUGAUGGCGACGUGUGAUCGAUUUCAGCAGACGUGGAUACACGAUCCGUCCAAUGAUGAUCUCAUGUACGACCGUGUGCGGAUCCGCCAGGAGUUGAAGCGGGUUAAAAGGGAACAAGGGGCUGAGGUCCUGGAUCUGUUUGCUAGGUUCCAGGUGAGUUCAGACAAAGCUAAGAAAGAGUUCGCACUAAUUGAACGAGCUAUGCUUCGCAAGUACACUGUUACUUGGGGGCCCGAUCUUGUCGUCCUGCGCUUGGCUGUUUUCCACGACCCAAAUAUGUUCGAAGAACUGUUGUAUCGACUCCUUUCAAUUAUCAUUGUGCACAUCGGAACCAAAGAGACACCUCCACGUUUGGCGUCUGUCGUUCGCCUUGUACGCGAUCUUCAGCGUCUGGAAUCAGGAAAGCAGAUCACGCUAGGAGGGUGCCGGAUUGAAUGCAUUUUAAAAGGCCACCAACUAGCGAUACAGCCCGAACAGGUGGCACCCGUGCCCGGGUUCUUCGGUCACGUGGUGAAGCCUGGACACCCGCUUAAGUGGCCGAACGAGGUCGAGGACUUCUGUAUGCAAUUGAACUCUGCAGCGCUCGGAGCGGAUGCGACUGAGGGCCGCUCUACGCUGUCUGUCGUGGCCAAAACGUCUAAGAUUGCGCUGUGCACGCUGACGCCCGAGGUAGCCGAGCAAUGGAACCUAACGCAGACAUUCACGCCUACGGAUGGUGCUGUCGAAUUCGUAGUGGAUGGACCUAACGCUAUCCAUCUCACGGGAUUUAUCGAGGUAAAUGACGAGGAGGACAGCGGCGACGAGCACGACUUUGACGAUUUCGGCGAUAGCGAGGAAGAGAUGAUGGUGUUUGGCAGUGACGGAUCGAGUGAUAGUGAUGUCGACGAAGCUGAUGAAGAAGAAGUGGAGCUGAAUGACGAGGAGAAGAACCGCUUCGAAGUACUCGAGGAGCGUUCUCACAGCGAGCCGAUACCCAAGAAAAAGUCACCCAAGAAAGAGAUUAAGGAGGAAAUUAAGCAGGAGAUCAAGAAGGAAUCGAAGAAGGAAUCGAAGAAGGAGGUUGCUGCGAAAAAGGCUGCUGCUGCUGCUGAGGCUGAGAAAAAGGCGCAGGAGGAGAAAGAGGCAGCCAAAAAGAAAGCUAAGGCGGCUAAGCAGGCAGAGAAAGAGAAGAAAACUGCCAAGAAGCUCGCCGAAGUAACUGCUACCAACCCGAAGAGCAAGAAGCGUGCGGCCCCGGUAGAAUCUUUGGAUGUCCCAAAGAAAGCCAAGAUUGCUACGCGUGUGCACAAGGGCGUCAACAUCGAGGAUGUUGCUGUGGGCAAGGGUCGCCCCGUGGUGCGCGGUCGUAAGGUGGGUAUCCUGUACCGUGGUCGUUUGACCAACGGCAAGCAAUUUGACGCCAAUCAGAACCGCAAGAAGCCGUUUACUUUCCGUCAUGGCAUCGGCGAUGUCAUCAAGGGCAUGGACAUCGGUAUUGAGGGCAUGCGUGUUGGCAGCAAGCGCACGAUUACCAUUCCGUCGCGUCUUGGCUAUGGCCGAGAGGGCGCGGGACCCGACAUCCCUGGCAAUUCGGACCUUAUUUUCGAGAUCGAGGUUGUCAAAGCCUAGACUAGAGUAGUGCGACUGGUGCUUUAAGAUCACAAUGUCUCGGUUUAAACGCGAGUACACGCUGCUGUUCAUCGCU